UUAUCCGGGUACCUACCAUCAGUUGAAGAGCCGCAGAACACUCCGGGAUGGCAGAGAGCGAAGACCUCUGGGCCUCCAUUCUCAGCGACGUGGCACGCGCCUCGAGGAAAACGAACGACACAGAGAAGACCCUCCUCAUUCUAGGCGAAGACGGGGCGGGAAAGUCGUCACUGGUUAACCGACUGAGAGGCCGGCCUGAUGAUGUCCCGACGCCAACAUGCGGUUAUAUGUUUAGCUACAUCGCUGUGCAGGAUGAAGACUCGGAUGAAACUUCGUCUAGUAUUCGAGUGUGGACAUUGGAUGUGGACCGGGUGAAUGCGCUUCACUUGGGACUUGGUGUCAAUAGUCGGUCGAUUGAAAGUCUGGUGGUUGUCAUUGUUGUUGAUAUGUCGACGCCGUGGACGAUAAUGGAAACGCUAGAGACGUGGACGAAGCUGUUGAAGGAACAUGUGGAUGGAUUGCAGUUGCCGUCGGGAGUUGUGAGAGAGUUGGAGGAAAGGAAUAUAAAAGCGUUUCAAGAAUACAAAGAUCCUGAAGAGUUAACAACUGCAACAGCAAUGUCAUCGUCACCACAUGCGGCAGGCACAGAAGCCGCCAGCAACGUCGUUCUUCCACUCACAGACAAUGUUCUCAGUCACAAUCUAGGCAUUCCACUUGCUGUCGUUUGCAACAAGUGUGAUUUGUUAUCAGUCGUGGAAAAGGAGCUGGGGUACAAUGAUGAAUAUCUGGACUUCAUCCAACAACAUUUACGGAAGUUUUGUCUGAAAUAUGGUGCGAUGUUGGUGUACCUGUCAGCAAAGACGGGCAAGAAUUGCCAUUUACUGAACAAGUUUGUCCUACACAAAUUGUGCAGUCAUGACUUCAGAGUGUCGGCAUAUUUGACAGAAAGAGAUUCUAUUUUUAUCCCACCUGGGUGGGAUAACGUCAACAAAAUCAGUUUUCUUUAUCAGCACUUAAAAGUGUUACACCCUGAUGAUGUCUAUGAGACAAGAAUUGUAAGACCCGCUGUGAAGAACACUGGUGAAGAAGAAAUAAUAGCUGAGGACGACCAAUUAUUCCUCAUGCGACUUAUGAGACUUCAAUCGGCAGCACCUAUUGUGGAGGAGAGAAAAGCUGAAUCAUCACACCUGGCAACACCAAGAGCGACACCACCAAAACUAACCGAUGCCAGGAGCAGUGCCGGAGGCGAGACUGUCCUGACAACCUUCUUUAAUUCCCUACUUCAAAAAAAGUCAGGGACUAGUACUGCAAGCACAGCAAAGGCUACAGAUAAAGAUUUAUCAGCCGAUGCAGCGGAUGCUCUGCAAGCUAUGCAAAGCCAGAAAAGAGGCCGGAAGCCGCCGAAAGCUGAAUAACUCGACGUCAUAAAACUGAAUGUAUUGGGUUCAGAGUCGGGGUGUUUGAGUGAGGAGAUCUUGUACUGUGCAGUGCAUCGUCUGAGCGAACGGCGAGUUGUGUUGCACUCUCGUUCGUUGUAAUUAUAUCGAAUUGUUAUGCUAACGGUAAUCGUUGAGUAUGAAAUAGCAAAUUAGCUUAUUUCUAAAUAUGAAACAAUCUCUAUUCAUUCA